UUCCACCAGAGCCGGCAGAAGCUAGCAUGGCUUUCGCCGAAGCGAAGGUGGAAGAGCCAGAGGUCGAUGCAGAUGCGGCAGAUGGUCCCCAACACGAGGAGGACCCUCCACCACAGCCGACAGAAGCUACUGUCAUUUCCGCCGAAGCGAAGGUUGAAGAGCCAGAGGUCAAAGCAGUUGCAGCAGAUCCUCCCAAACACGAGGAGGACAACAUUGAUAUCGCAGCCUUUGCUUUGUCAGGACCCUCCACCACAGCGGACAGAAGCUACUGUCAUUUCCGCCGAAGCGAAGGUUGAAGAGCCAGAGGUCAAAGCUGUUGUGGCAGAUCCGCCCAAGCACGAGGAGACCAAGAAGAAGAAACAAAAGAAGAAGGGCAGGAAGACGGCAAUCCUUCCCAAGAAAGGGUUCACCGGACAGCUACCGGCCCAGAUCAGCGAGCGCUUCAAGGGCACGGUUCAGGACACAGCAAAUGCCAAGCAGAAGCUGGAGGACCACCAAGUGGCAAGUGAGGAAAAUGUCGAGUUGGAGACCACCAUUGCGUUGCAGGCGAUCUGAUCCGAGUCAAGGCAGAACAUCCACUUGCUGGUGAGCUAUUUGUUUGAACAUUCACCAGGGCUGUUCAUUGUACAUACUCAGUGCAGAGAGGCGAGCCAGUGCGGAAGCUGAGAAUGAUGAGUGGUUUGUAACGGUUUGUCGUGC